ACACGCACAUCCUACCCCUAUGAGCACCUUGAGAGACCGAGCUGGCAUAUCAUCUUGAGAUUUACGAAGUCAUCGUAGGCUCCUCGUUGUCGAUGUGAAUGUCUCCUCUGACUGAAAGCGCAUCGCCGGAAAUCCUAAAUUAAAUUCAGGAAUAAUGCGAGCACCAAGACUUGUACCCUGAUGAGCUGGAGAUACCACUACCUCUAAUCAUCCAACCACAUGUUGGAUCACAAAGAAUGAAAUGUUUUUUAACAUCAACACAAGCGCUCAUAUAUACGCGCAUGCACUUACCUCUAUAAAUGCACACAUGCACACCCUAUCCUUUUGAGCACCUCUGAGAGACUGAGCCGGCAUAUCAUCUUGUGAUUUUACGAAGUCAUCAUAGACGUCUCGUAGUCGACGCGAACAUCUCCUCACAUUGAACGCGUAUCACCGAAAAUCCUGAAGCGAGCAUUAGGACUUGAACCCUGGUGGGCUGGGGAUACCACUGUCCACCUAACCAUCCAACCACAGGUUGGUUCGCGAAUAAUGAUAUGUUGUUGUCCAACAAAAUUUGUUUCGCGAACCAACAUGUGGUUGGAUAAUUAGGAGAACAAUAAUAUCCGCUGUCCAACAGAGUUUAAGUCUCAGACUUGAGAGUGGUGCUUGCAUUUUCAUGGAUUUAUUUCAAACCUUCCGGUGAUUUGCGUUAGGUGGGAGGUGACGUUCCCGAUAAUUAGGUGCUCAUACGAGUAAGUUGUGCAUGCAUGUUUUGAUAAGGAUGAAUGUACUCCCACCGUUCCUAAAUAUAAGUCUUUUUAGAGAUUUUAAAUUGGCUAUCACAUACGGAUGUAUAUAGACAUAUUUUAGAAUAUAGACUCACCGUAUAUACGUUAUGUACGAAGAAAAUAAAAUUGUUGCCCACCCACCCACUCACCCACUAGUGUGAAUGUCCAGCGAUUGAAACGCGUCGUCUCGUCAGUUUCCAGAAACGGCAUACAGUCAUAGUCUUUUCCAUCUCUCCCCAAAAACCUGAGUUCCCUCCUCGCCCUCGCCGCCUCCUCCCUCCUCUCUGCCACCCGCUGAUCAUAAAAGCAAAAGCCAGAGCGCAGCAGAGACCACGACGCGCAGCGCAGCAAGGAGAGGAGGCGGGGCGCGAGAUCGGGCUCAUCACCGUCAAACCCCCGCUACUCCGUCGACGACGCCCCCAGCGCCUCGGAGGCAGGUCGAGGUGCUGCGCGGCGCGGCGGCGGCCUGCUGCGAACCCCUCCUUGUUCUCGCGCCGGAGGGGACAAAAAUGGUUUUUUCCGCACAAGGUCCUCAGACAAGUAAUCAUGGAAAAGAAAGGCAUGGCAAAACCAUUGAUGAGGAAGGCAGCAGAAUGAGCUGCAAUUACUGCGGUGAGGUGGUUUGUAGUUACAGCCGUCUAGAGGAACAUUUAGCAGGCAUCAGGGGCAAUGUUCGUCCAUGCAACCUAGUACCGGACAGUGUCAGGACAAGCUUAAGGAGUUCACUUGUGGAUCGCAAGAAAGAUCAGAUGCUCGGAAAAACGAAGAGACUGAAGCAAGAACAUGAUGAGGUUCCUCACACAAACCCAGCCCUUCCAUCUCCUCAAGUCCAGCAACCACAGCUACAACCAACUGUGUCCAAUAACAACCGCUGCUUUGUUCAUUAUCAACCGGAUCUGACACAGGCCAAGGAAAUCACAUAUAGUUCUUGUCAACCGAAACCCAAGGUUGAGACAAGUGAUUACUUCGAUUCUCAGUUGGCAAAGUCAAUAGGCAAGUUCUUCUCCGAAGCUGCACCUGAGCCUGGUGUUCUCCAUUCAUCAUCUUUGAAGGAGAUGGUUGUGUUUUCCCAUGGGCCUGGGGCUGUAAUGCCUACGUACGAAGCUAUUCUGCAGGAGCAACUAAGAGAAACUGAGAACCGCGCAAAGGAACUCAAGCAAGAGUGGCAAACAAGUGGCUGCACUGUAAUUGUGCAUAGUUGGAAGAGCAAGUGUACCAAAAGCUUCGUAAGUGUCCUGGUGCACUGCAGCAAAGUUACGCUGUUCCUGAGAUCCAUUGACGUCUCUGAAAUCACUGAGGACUUUGAUGAGCUAGAAUCAAUGCUUUCUCGCGUGGUUGAAGAUGUUGGUGCUCAUAACAUUGUUCAGAUUGUCAUGAAUGACGUGUCACCCCAUAUGCAGAUGGCACGGGAGUAUGUGCUAAAUAAAUAUGAUAGUUUUUUCUUCACACUAUGUGCUGACCAUUGCAUCAACCUUCUGCUUGAGAAAAUAGCAGCGCUCAAGCAUGUCAGUGAAGUCCUAAUGAAGGCAAGGGAAAUUACAAGGUUUUUAUAUGACCAUGCACUGCCAAUGAAACUGAAAGGAAGGUAUGUUCAGGAGGAGAUUUUGAGCAGUUCUUAUUUAAAAUUUGUGGCAAUGUUCAUCACAUUAGAGAGGUUAGUUUCUGCAAGAGUAGAUCUGGUGCAGAUGUUAAACUCGCCUAAAUGGAUUUCCUCUGGUUGGGCUUGUCUUGAUUUGUUCGAGCGUAUCCAGAGCAUAGUAAAGACAGACGAUGAAUUUUGGCAUGCUGCUGCAAAAGUCAUCAAGGUUACACACCCACUUGUCAGUGUGUUGUAUAAACUGGAAUAUGAUAUCUGUCCGAUGGGUAUCUUGUAUGAAGCCAUGGAUAGGGCAAAAGAAGAGAUAUCUCUCAAUAUCGGAGAUGAAAGUGACUUUUAUUGGUGUAUGAUUGAUCGGAUAUGGGAUGAUUACUUGCAUAGUCCUCUCCAUGCUGCUGGUCAGAUGCUAAACCCAAGGAUCUUUUACACAGCUGGAUUCAAGCCUGAUACUGAGAUCAGCAGCGGCAUCGCGGCCUGUACAAUCCAACUGGGCAAGGCUCAUUACAAUGCCAGAAAAGCAUCUGCACAAUUGAAAGUGUAUGAGAAGAAGUUGGGCUAUUUUGACACAGAUCCAGCAAUGCAGCAAAUCAUGGAAUUACCACAAGUUCAAUGGUGGUCGACGCACGGGGCUCGCGUGCCCGACCUGCAGACCCUGGCGAGGCGCGUCCUGAGCCAGACGUGCUUCGGCGCCACCAGGUACAACAUCGACUGGAGCCUGUCGGAGAAGCUGCACGCCGAGUGGGACGAGAUGACGCUGCCCGAGCAAGAGACGUUCCGGCAGAAGGAGUACGUCCACUACAACAGCGUCCUCGCGCGCGCCUCCCCACUCCUGCAUGGCUCCUCCAUGAAGCAACACGGCAGGGUCACCUUGGUGCUGCACGACUGGAUCAGGCCGCAGAAACAAGCCGCUGGGUCGCCACUGACUGAGUGACGGCCUUCAGUUGUGCCUGGAGUGAUGCUUUCGCCUCUCCUCCGUUAAUGCAGAGUAUGAAUUUCUCGGCAGACAAAAAAGGCUUUGCAGAUUCAGUAUAGUUGACACAAACAAAAUGCAGUACCUGCUUUCCUCAAGAACCCGUGUCUGAAAGAUGUGGAGAGAAAAUUGCAAAAUAUGAGCAUUAGUACUUCUUAGGUAUCACAGAAAUUCAAUGCAACUUCAACAAGACCAGCGCUUGCUUUUCACACUAUUGAAAAUUCACGUCUUCCAUA